AGUACUCGUCCACAUUUGUAUCCUCCACCUGCUCAGCAGUAAUGUCACGAGGUGUUCUUCUCUUCUCUGCUCUCACUCUGUUCUUCAGUCCUUGGUUUACAUAUAUAUAUAUUAGGCCAUUUUAGAUCGCAAAUCACAAACGGGGUCUUAGUCAGAAGAAUAAUAAGGGGCGGCCAUGAUUUGCAAGACUCAACACUUGCGUGGUCUGGUUCGAUCUCUGCGAUUUGGUCCUUUUCAGACCAAGAGUUGGCACACAUCCCAGGCCUCAUCAUCUUUACAGCAAGUGUCGGAAUCACCUGAUUGCAGUGAGGAUGGGUAUGCUGAUGUGGAUUGGGAUAAUCUUGGGUUUGGCCUCGUGCCGAUCGAUUACAUGUACAUAAUGAAAUGCACUGAAGAUGAUGAUAAGUUUGAACAAGGAAAAGUUAGUCGGUAUAGGAACAUUGAGCUUAGUCCUGCAUCUGGAGUUCUAAACUAUGGACAGGGAUUGUUGGAAGGCAUAAAAGCAUAUAGAAAAGAAGAUGGGCGGAUUCUCCUUUUCCGACCGGAUCAAAAUGCAUUGAGAAUGAAAGUAGGUGCCGAAAGAAUGUGCAUGCCUUGUCCUUCUGUCGAUCAAUUUGUUGAUGCUGUCAAACAGACCGUACUCGCUAACAGGCGUUGGGUUCCUCCUUCAGGGAAAGGGUCCCUCUACAUUAGGCCUCUGUUGAUCGGAAGCGGUGCGAUAUUGGGUUUGGCACCGUCACCGGAAUAUACAUUCUUCGUAUAUGCUUCUCCUGUUGCCAACUAUUUCAAAGAAGGUUUGGCACCCUUGAACUUGUAUGUAGAGGAAGAGUUUUUCCGCUCCUCUCGUGGUGGAACUGGAAGCGUAAAAACCAUCUCGAAUUAUGCUCCCGUUAUGAAAGCGCUAGGCAGGGCAAAAAGCAGGGGAUUUUCAGAUGUCUUGUACCUUGACUCCGUAAAUAAAAAAUAUUUGGAAGAAGCCUCUGCUUGCAACAUUUUUAUUGUAAAGGGUAAUGUUAUUUCGACUCCCCCUACAAAUGGAACUAUUUUAGCUGGCGUCACUCGGAGAAGCAUCGUCGAAAUUGCUCGCGAUCUUGGCUACCAGGUAGAGGAACGUUCCAUUGCAGUCGACGAAUUGAGCGAUGCUGACGAAGUGUUUUGCACUGGAACUGCCGUCGGUGUGGCUCCCGUAGGCAGCGUCACAUAUCAGGAUAGAAGAAUUGAGUUCAGAACAGGUGGUGGGUGCGUGUGUUCGGGACUCUACUCAAAUCUUGUAGGAAUUCAAAGGGGUCUGAUUGAGGAUAAGAAGGGCUGGACCAUUGAAAUAGAUACUUAAUCCUUCAUAUUGUAAACGUGUUGUUUAGUAUCAUCUGAUGAUGAUGGAAUUCAUUGCAAAGUAUCGGUUUGGUCUUGAGAACCUUUUAUAUUUUGAAAAGAAGAUGCACAUGCUCCACAAAAUAAAAUAGAUAGCAGCAGUCUGGCCCUGGAUUGAUGA